ACAUAACAUGAUUGCAUAAUCACUUUGUAUAUAAAUAUAUGUAUAUUCAUUUCUAAUGACUAAAUUGCUUGAACAAACAAAAUUGAAGUAUUCUGUUGUAGGUCUUUGUAUAGAAAUCCACUACAGUUGAAUUUAACGAAAUAUGGCUGGAAAUUUAGGAUUUAAUGUUGGAUCAUGUGGUUCACAAUUACAUCCAACUGUAAUGCCUGCAUCGAAUUUCAAUCCAGAAAAUGAUUGUGAACGCUUAAGAAAUGCUAUGGCAGGAUUAGGGACAAAAGAAAAAGAAUUAAUUGAAGUAUUUAGUAAUCGUUCUGCAGAUCAACGUGCAGUUCUUGUAAAAAAAUAUAAAUCAAUGUUUGGAAAAGAUUUAAUUGAAAAUUUCAAAUCUGAACUUAGCGGACACUUUUAUGAUACUAUGGAAGCAUUGUGUUUAAGUUCAUAUGAAUUCGAUGCCCGUGAAUUAUACAGAGCAAUGAAAGGAGCUGGUACAAAUGAAUCUAUAUUGAUUGAGAUUCUAUGUACUCGAACAAAUUAUCAGUUGAAGAAGAUAAAAGAAGCUUAUAAACUAUUCACUGGACAUAAUCUUGAAAAUGAUGUAAGUGGUGAUACAUCUGGAGAUUUUAAACAUUUAUGUAUUGCAUUAUUACAAGCAAACAGAGAUGAAUCCAUACAUGUUGAUCAACAACUUGCACGUAAAGAUGCUGAAGCCCUGUAUCAAGCAGGUGAAAAAAAAUGGGGAACUGAUGAAUCAAAAUUUAUUCAAGUUUUUGCUACACGAUCUCCUGAACAUUUAAAAGCCGUAUGUCGAGAAUACAGUAAUUUUAGUAAGAAAACUUUGGAAGAAGCUUUGAAAUCUGAAAUUUCAGGAAGUUUACUACAGUGUCUUUUGACCAUUCUUCAGUGUGCAAAUAACAAAGCAUUAUAUUUUGCUGAAAGAUUAAAAAAAUCUAUGAAAGGAAUUGGAACUAAUGACAGAGAUUUAAUUCGUAUUGUAGUGUCACGUUGUGAAAUUGAUUUGCAUUUGAUUAAGAGAGAAUUUUACGAUCUAGCUGGUGAUUCCUUAGAAGCUUGGAUUAAAGAUGAUACCAGCGGAGAUUAUCGUGAAUUGUUAUUAUCACUUGUUCGUACAAAUCUAUAAAUAACAAAUAUUGAUCAGAAUGAAAGUAUUUGAUGUUUAACAUUAUUACAUAAUAUACUAGACUAUUUUGCGUUACAAAAUGUUAUUACGUCUUAAUUGAUUAAUUUAUUUGUUUGCUGUUUUUUUUUUUAAUUUUUAAUAUUGAUUAUUUUAAUUUGUAUAAACUUUUAAUUACUAUGCAUGUCUAAUUUGCUGGGUGUCGGGGGGGGGGGCUUUGUUCGCUUACUUCACUUUUUCUUUCUGCCUAUCUUGUUACUAUUUAUCACUAUCACACGAUAAACGUCAUAUGAAUUUCACUUCCUCGGAUAUUUUGAUAAAAAAAUUUCAAAACACAUAAAACAAUACACACGUACACACAACUAAUGAAUAUAUUUUUGUCCGUCUAUUCCACGCUUAUUCCAUUGACCUUCAUUUGUUAUUGUUGUGUUUGUUUGUUUUUUUUCACGAAUUUCAUUCAUGAAAAUUGAUCAAUAAAUCACUGCCAUCCAACUUAUACAUAUAUACCCAUUUAUAAAUAGUUUUAGUAAUAGACCAAUGAAAUAUUGAAUGU